GCCGUGCUUCCCCUCAGAAGGCGCCCGCCUCUCCUCACACCGCCGCCAGAGACGGAGCUCCUUACCCAGGCCCGCCAGCACACCGAGAACCGGCGGCCUGCCACACCGACCCCGCUUCAGCACCGAAAGGGAAGUAAUUCUUUUCAUCAAGAAAAGCUUAUUCUUCAGUUCUGGGAUGCAUAGCGUGUUGUCUGUCACAUGAAAGUAAUGUGGCAAACAAGGUAGCAGGCACCCAAGCUGAGUAAGAUCAGUACCAGGAAGAAUCUAAGAGUUACAUACGGGAUGAAUUUGGCCAUCGUGAUCUAAGAUGUCCUGACAACACCCAUAUGAACACAAACCAAAGAAUUCUGCAUGGGGAGGGAAGGCAGCUGGGAGUGCGCCGAACCACAAGCAAUGUCAGAGGAGCAAGCAGCAGAAAGACAUCCCAUCCAUUUUAGAGCUGAUAGAGUGGCUCCUGUUCUACCUCCAGCUGUUGGUGUGAGGCUGGCACCCCUUGCAGGCAGGUACCUUACACAUCGAUCCCGCUGCUAACAUAGUGAUCACUGAUGUGAGCACCCACCUCACUCUUCUGAAGCUUUUGCCAUCAGAUGUUACCAGCGCUCCUGCCUGUUCAAAAAAGGGUCUGUAAAUGCAGAUUUCUGGUAGAAGAGGUGGACACGGACCUAACAGGUCCAAAAAGGAGCAGCAAACCUGCUGCUGCUCAGGUGAGAGGGAGCGAGCUCUGCGUCGGACGCCAUCUCCCCCCUUUACCUAUGACAAAGGUUGAAAAUGUGAAAUUACUAGAUCGCUAUACAAACAGGAAGGCAGCAAAUGGGACGUUAUACCUGACAGCCACCCACCUUAUCUAUGUAGAUGCUUCUGCUGAAGUCAGGAAAGAAACAUGGAUUCUGCAUCACCAUAUUGCAACUGUAGAAAAAUUGCCUCUGACCACGGCUGGCUAUCCACUCCUUAUUCACUGCAAGAACUUCCACGUGGCUCACUUUGUUAUUGGGCAGGAACGUGACUGUCACGAAGUGUAUACCUCAUUGCUUAAACUUUCACAACCAGUGAAACCCGAAGAACUUUAUGCUUUCUCUUACAAUCCUAAAAUGUCUAAAGAGAACCGGGAGAUUGGAUGGAAGCUGAUUGAUUUAAAAGUAGAUUACCAGCGUAUGGGAAUUCCAAAUGACUACUGGGAAAUAACAGAUGUUAAUAAAGACUAUGAGGUUUGCAACACAUAUCCUCCAGAAAUAGUGGUGCCUAGAGCUGCUCAUAAGGCAGUGGUGAUCGGAAGUUCAAGGUUCAGAAGCAGAGGGCGGAUUCCGGUGCUCUCUUACUUAUAUAAAGAAAACAAUGCUGCCAUAUGUCGCUGUAGCCAGCCUCUCUCCGGGUUCAGUGCGCGCUGUCUGGAGGAUGAACAAAUGCUGCAGGCGAUCAGAGAAGCCAACCCUGGGAGCCCCUUCAUGUAUGUUGUAGACACAAGGCCAAAGUUAAAUGCCAUGGCCAACCGAGCUGCUGGGAAGGGUUAUGAAAAUGAAGAUAAUUAUGAUAACAUUCGCUUUAAAUUUAUUGGCAUAGAAAACAUCCAUGUGAUGCGGAACAGCUUGCAGAAACUCCUGGAAGUGUGUGAAAUGAAGUCCCCCUCAAUGAGUGAUUUCCUCACUGGGCUGGAGAACUCAGGCUGGUUACGGCACAUUAAGGCUGUGAUGGAUGCAGGUGUCUUUCUUGCCAAGGCUGUGAAAGAUGAAAAAGCUAGCGUGUUAGUCCACUGCUCCGAUGGCUGGGAUCGCACAGCACAGGUCUGCUCCCUGGCUAGCCUCCUCUUAGAUCCAUUCUAUAGGACUUUUAAAGGCUUUAUGGUCCUAAUAGAAAAGGAGUGGAUUGCAAUGGGCCACAAGUUCUCACACAGGUGUAGCCAUUUGGAUGGUGACCCCAAAGAAGUAUCCCCUGUCUUUACUCAGUUCGUUGAAUGCGUCUGGCAGCUCAUGCAGCAGUUCCCGUGCGCGUUUGAGUUUAAUGAGCGUUUCCUUCUUGAAAUCCAUGACCAUGUCUACUCCUGCCAGUUUGGCAACUUCCUUGGGACCUGUCAUAAGGAGCGUGAGGAUCUGAAAAUCUUUGAGAAGACGCAUUCUCUGUGGCCUUUCCUCUUACAGAAGAGGCAGGAAUUGAGAAAUCCAUUGUACAGAGGAUUUACAGCUUACAAAGAGCUUCAACCGAACACGCUACCCUUCAGUUUCCAGUUUUGGUGCGGGAUGUAUAAUCGCUUUGACAAAGGAAUGCAUCCAAAACAGCGUGUAUUGGAUCAUCUGCUAAGCUGUAUGAGCCAGAAGAUGAAACUGGAGGACAAUGCAUCUGAGCUGGAAAAUAAACUUCCUUUCCUGGAUGGCCCUUUGCCCAGUGAAGCUUGCUCCUUAUCUAAAGUAGGAAAUGCUGCUUCAAAAACACCAAUGCUCAACACUCCUCAGGAUUACGGAGGGGAACCACCUCCUGUGUUGAGCAAUGGCGCCUCAGCAGGGGCUAUAGAUGUUAUGUCGGGUGUGGACCGAAAGCACAAAGAGAACCCGCCUCAUCACCAGGACCUCCGUGAUCAUAAUGACACCAUUGCCGUGUUGGACUCUGAAGCUAAGGAUGGAAAGCCGCAGCACCAUUGAUCGGCUCUGAGAACUGUGUUCAGUGAACCGGACGCUUGUGGUGGGGAGGCACGAGGGAGCCGUGCCCCCGCGGGGGUGUAGACCCCCUAACCAUUUAUAUGUAAGCGUGAGUACGUAUGUUUGCAGGGAGCUGUGCUCGCUGUGGAGAAGCCGGUCUGCAUUUGGUUUGGUUAGCGUCGUUUUGCAGCUGAAAUGCUGAAGAUGCGUACAGAGCUGCCCGGAAGGCUACCUUGAGUUAGCGUAAACCUUAUUUUUCAGUGGGAACACAAUGUGUGUUGAAGGUUUAUGACUGCCUGCCGGUACUGGUAUUUCAAGCUGAAAGAAAUCUUGGCCAAUUAACACGGGGCUUAGGGGUUGUGCAGUGUUUAUCGCUGGAGUAGGAAAGAUGCAAUCCAUUUAUUCUCAGUGGCGGUGCAAGGUCAUCUUAAACCGAUAAAAAAAUUCAGUUCAUCUUAAAAUGAUAAAAAAAACCCUUUUCUUAGCUGUGAAUGAAUCUCUGCAUGGACCCUCUUGUGGCAGAACUGAUUAAUUUUUUGUUUCCUAUGCAUAUUUGUUAAACCCCCCUGUGCCUUUUUACAGACACCGUUUUAAUGUCUAGCCAUGCAAUGUACUAUUUUUAUUAUUGUAGCGUAGAGUGUAGUAUUUGGUUGUCUUUGUAGUCAGUAUUUUUAAACAAGGUUUGUUUUGGUUUUUUUAUCUGCUGCCAGCUUCUCCAGGAUCUUUGCUGAUCCCCUGAGUUUAGUAGCUUCUUUCUAAGCUGACCUGUCAAAGAAUAAGCUUUUUGUGGACUUCAUUCACUGAUUGUGAGAGUGCAGCAAGCCACAAAGACAGCCUGUAACACAUGAAUUUUUUGACAGAGGGAGGUUUAGAAAUGAGAAAAGACAGGAAAAAAAUUAUAUGGAAUUUUUCUCUCUUAUUUGAAUUGAAGCAAGAGUAACUCUUUGUUCUAAGCUGGAAUCAAUGUGCUUUCCUCACAUCCAUCGAUGAGGCAGUAAUUACAGAUGAGGUGUGUUCUAUUAUUGAAAUGGGGCCUCAAAUGAUUACUUCACAUCAAAUGCUGCAUGAAUGUUCUCUUGGAUGUUAAAAUUGCAUCAACCUUAGAGAUGUUUUGCCUGUACUGUCAGGACGUGACGAGAUGAACGAUAUCUCUCACAGCAAUGAACCCUGUAAUUUGUGAAGCUGGUGACAGAAGGUAAACUGGGAUGUGACCCCUUAUUGGAACAAGAAGUGGACAUUGUGGCUGUGGCUCCAGCCUGGAUUCACUCCAGCGCUUGUUAACACUACUUGGUUUCUUACAUCGCGGUAAUCUCAGCUGGAGAUACUAGUUCAAAGUUGCAGGUUUAAAACAGAGACAUAUAUUCCAUUUAUAGAAGUCUUGUGGAGAAACAAGGGCUUGUCUCCCAGGGGAACAGAUGGCCCAGGAAAGCUGUUCCACGGUACUUGUUCUAGGCGAGCUUCUAUAGAUGUGCUUAAUUGCACAGAGUCCCUUUGUGCAGCUUAAUUCAAGAUGCUUUUCUGCUUUCUUUUGGAUCUGUUGUUUAAAGUAGACGCUGCCAUUAGGUCUUAAAAUCAGUUUUUCUCAUUUAUAAAAUUUUGAAACGAGCUGAAAAUAUUUUCUGAGCUAGCACUCCCAAUCUACAAUAAAAAGUAGAAACAUUCCAUUAUAGCAUCAUAAAAUGCAAUAGUCGUUGUUCAUGUGCUUAUAACCUAUGGUGAAAUGACUAGGUUAGUUUCAAAGUUCAAGAUAAAGUAGGAAAAAAAACCCAACAAAAAACCACAAACAAACAACUCUCGUGAGUGUCUCACUUUGGGUAAGAAAAUAUAUAUUUUAUUAAGCAUAUCAAAAGACCCAAGGAAAAAGGGCAGCACCUGCGAACAGAGUUUCUUCAGUGCCUAGAAUGGCAAAGAGAAACUUAUUUUAAAAUGUUUUAGGUUUUUCAAUCUAUAAGCAAGUAAUAUUUAAGUAGUUCUUAAAAAUAGUUGUUUUCAAGGUAGGAGGGAGAGAACUACAAUAUGCAGUUGAUUAAAAACGAAGCCCAUAAAAUAUUGAACCAGAUAUGCUUAAGCAGAUGAUGUUCAAAAUUUGUUGUGUGGGUACGUAUCAAAAAUACUGCAUCAUGCGACAGCUAUGUAUCUUAUUUUAUUUUGAAGGAUGCACGUUUCUGAAUGCAUCUUUUCUUAACCUCAAGAUGAGUGUCUGCUGUUGAGUCUCUCUGCUCCUAACAUCAAGUUAGAUAGUCUGCCAGCUUCUUCAGUUUCCCAUAUCCCACGUACUCCUCAGGUGAAGAGAUUGCACCCUAAAUUUUGAUCCGGCUGCUUUAGAUACCCAGGGUUCGGAAUCUGCUGCAGAUUUCCACUGGAGGGUGCUGGGGAGAUUACUUGCCUCUGCCUCUUUAUCGUCUAAGAGCUCAAUUUCACACGUGCGCUUUGCAGUUUGGAGCUCAUAUCAUGUGGAUUGAUAGAUCAACCCUGUCUUUUCUUUCCAGGUGAGAGAAGAACGUAGUGGAUAAUAUGCACAGUUUCUUAGAGAACUCUGAAAUGGUAAAUGAGACCAAGACAGGCACUUUUUAGGACCAAUUAUUCCAGAUGUCAUCAGUUCUUUUAGUGUGUUCUCUAAUGAAAAUUAGAGAUGCAGAAUUGUAGAGCAUUUUGACUGCUGAAGGAUUUAGACAUGUUGUUGGUUAAUCACUGUAUAAAAACAUUUUGCAGAAGGUUUCUAUAAAUGUUUACACGUUGCCUUGUCUUUGAAUUACCAUAGAUUACCUUGAAAAAAGUACAAGAACUUUUGCUUAUUCCUAAAAUGUGACGCUGACAUCUCCACAAAUCGUUCCUGACUACAAUAUUACUACAGGUGCAUAUAACCAUGAAAAGAUUACUUCAUACACUGAAAGUAUUAGUAAGCUUUUAGUAAUCCUGCUGCUUUUGACUUCAGUAACAAAAUAAUGGAUGACUUUACUUUGAAAUGCAAAACCUAGCCCAAAAAAGGGUAAUUGUCUUUUUAAACCACUUGGAUUUAAUGUAUGCAGACUUGAUCAAAGUCUACAACAUAUUAAAAAUCAUUCAUGCUGGUGCUGUAAAUCUGUGGAGCUGGAAAAGAUUCCAGGGUUUCCUGGCUUUCCAUGAGAUUGUUUGUUUGAAAACCAAUUAGCUAGAAGCUUUUUAGUUGUGACGGCAACUCUGCUGUGUUUCAAGAGCAAAAAUGAAAAGCUGUCGAGCACAGCGCAUCCUCAGGCCUCUGGUCAGCCAGGACUGGCUUCCCAGAGCCCCGCAGAAAGCCUCCGUUCUCUCCUUAGGAGUGCCUGGCUGACACUGAGUGUCUUGCUUCUACGUUCCCUAAAAGUGUUACAGGAAAUCUAAAAGCCGUUAGUUACGUAGGGAUCUUCUUAUGUAAGCACUGUGUAGGCGAGAAGUUACUAUAACUUAUUUAUUCCUGGCGGAGCAUCCACACAUUGGGAAGUCACGAAUGCUGGUCUUAAGUGAACAACGCAACUUGCUGCUUUCCAUUUGGAUUCCUCUGACUGGGCGAACCAGCAGGGAGGAGGGAUCCUGUUUGCUGCGGAUGGGGCUCUGUGUUUGUAAAACUCUGCCUUUUCUGGAGCACCUCUUGCUUUACUGAGUUACUCCAUGGUUUCCUGCCUGUACGUAGUGUCUCUCUUGCUACAACUAGGUAGAGGGACUCGUGUCGCUUUAUUUCUCGGUUGAAAUGUCUUAAUGUGAACUUCACAAUGCUGGAUUCUUACAUUAUAUUUUGUUUUGCAGUUGUCACCUGUGGUAGAGAAAAUCUAAUCGGUGCUGUUUGCUUUACAGAAAAAAAGGGAAUAAUUGGUUUGCCUGUAGACAUAGUUUUCAGUUGGCCCUCUUUGGGUAGGUAGCUUCCGUGCCUGACAGAUCCCCAAAGGGAUUGUCUCUUGGCACUGUUUAGUAAUGAAUACUUGUGAGCGACCAGGAGAAUUCAAAAUGCAUCUGCUGCUUUGUUCUUCUCCCCUUCCCCGCUACUUUGCCUUGAGUGCUGGGGUCACUUUUUGUACGGACCUAACAGUUACUCCUUGUUUACAUACCGUCCCUCUUGCACAUACAGGCACUUCACGCGACUUGGGGCGGAGUGGGGGGAAGAAUCUGUUCUGAAUGUAGUAUUUUGAUUUAAUUAAUACACAGCACUCGAUUAAUUAGAUGAGGAGCGUCUCAAGCCAGGUGAUGUCAAAGUCCAUGUCUUCGUAAGCAUCUUUAGCACUAAGAGCAGCCAGGUCGGUGCCAAUCGCAGUCGGUGUAAUUUGUUUGGGCGAGUGUUUUAAUGUGUAGCGCUGCGUCCUUUUGGCAUCUCUGAACUACAAAAGCAAGGCAGAAGGAGCGUAGGUUAAAAGGGUUGACCUAGAUCUUUUCUCAUCUCACUUAUCUAUGUAUAUGCGUCUGUAUUUAAUGUAGCAGCAUACUACUGGAGUAACGUGUAGCACUGGAUCUAGUCAUAUGUAACUGAGCACACAUAUGUACUUUUCCUAUCACCCACAGACUCAUCUUUGUAGGAACGUACCUAAAAUUGUGUGUAGUACUCCGCUGGAAACUGUAAAUGUUUUUGCUGUUUCUGUAAGUCAGUCGUUAUUUUUGUCAGUGUAACUGUUGAGGGACGGUUGUAUAAAAUUGUGGAUGAAAUCCAUAUUCCUGAACAUGCUGCCAUGGCUGUAUACGUCAUGUAAGUCAUUUUAGUUAAUGCACUGCUUAAAAAAAAGAAAAGUACCAUGUUUAGAGGAGCACUGUGGUUUUUUUAUCUAAAUGUAUUUGUUCCAUGAAGUUUCACUUGUAUUACAGUUUAUUUUUAUUCCCUACAAAAAUAAAUACCUUGC